AUGCCGAGUCUUAGCCCAACCACGCAAGAGCGUCUGGACCGGAUCAAAAAAGCAGGCACAGCGGAGAAGCCGUGAGUUUAUUGGAUGAAACAGAGCUAUGGAUUACUGUAGUCAAUUUAUUUUUGUCAAAAAAAAUCCAAAUCUGCGGAUGCAUUCUGCCCGCGAACUUGCCGUAAUGGUUUAAUCUUAUGACGUUCUAGUGCAAAAGUCUCCACUAAGCAACAACACACGAGUAGUCAAACGAAGAAGAACGAGGUCCGAGUUCACUACGACCAGGCGCCGUUGUCAGAAAUCCCUAAAGGAACCGUCAUCAAAACCAACACUGAUGCCUACAAGGUCACUGGAAAAGUAAGCUAUUUUCCCCACAAUGCAUCAGGAACUCCGGCCGAGCCUUUGUACAACGGACUCACUUAAAUUUUAUGGUCCCUUGCGACUCGUUGUACAGAGGCGUGACUGUAAUUUUAGUUCAAUUCCAAAUAUCGUACGUUACUCUUCAGGUUGGUGGUGGUGGUUUUGGAGAUGUGUAUGUUGCAGUGAGAGCUUCCACAAAGGCACUUUGCGCCAUCAAAGCCGAAUGCACCGGGAAUUUGGAAGAACCGAGGCUUGAAGUAAGUUUACAGAGGAGUGUGCUGAGAUUUAUGAUUAGGUUGCAGAAUGCUCAGUUAAUUUUAUAUAAUUUAUGAUGACAAUAUUGAUUUAAACUAAUUUCAGCGAGAGUAUUAUGUGUAUUUGGCGAUCGAGAAAGGAAAUCGUGCUGGAAAAGCCCUUCCAAAUUUGGUGGGAGCCUAUGGAUUCGCCAACAUGAACAACAAGCUCAAAUUCAUCUUCAUGCCUCUGCUCGGUCCAUCUCUGGAAUCGACCAUCAAGAGAAAUCGACCAACGUAAGGGCUACUACACUAACACUGUUGUAAUCAUGAAAAAUCUUUAGCUUAUAUGUAAAGAUGAUUUAAUGUGAUUUACAGUAGAUCGACCUGUUACAAAGCUGCCAUCCAGAUGUGUCGCUCGGUCCAAUCGCUCCACAAGCUCGGCUAUAUCCAUCGAGAUAUCAAGCCGGCCAAUUUUGUGUUCGAAUCUAGAACAAGUUACAGUACUCUGGUGCUCAUCGAUUUUGGAAUGGCCACUCAUUACCCAACCAAAGUUUCGGAAAUUCCAGAAACCUCGCUUUACGACUUUAUUGGGACGUUGAAAUAUGCCCCCAGGACAACUCAUCGCGGUGAACCUCAAUCCAGAAAAGAUGACUUGGAAUCGUGGGUGUAUGUGGUAAGCGAUUUGCCGAAGAAAGACAAAAAAUUUAGGCCAUGGAAGUCUUUGAUUUCGAUGCCCUUCCAUGGAACAGUUGCCAAGAGCAGGAGAGGGUCCACAAAAUGAAGAAAGACUUCUUUCGUCGUCGUAUGUUACUUUACGAAUAACGCUUUUUGUAAUUUAGUUUUCAGCAGCAUGAAUGCUUUGUGGGUAAAUAAGAUCCCUAUUCAGCUUGAUUUACUAAUCAAAGAGUGUGUUUAGGGGCCUUGAGAGACACAGUAAGAGUAUUUGUGGAAGUCCUGGGUAUGAUCGAAGCGAUUGAAUUAUGCGCCGAUCCUCCAUAUAGCCAGAUUAUGGCCCAUUUGGGAGCAAUGGCCCUGACAGAUGGAUGCCGGAUCGAUGGAGAUUUACAGUUUGCGGUAGGGUCUUAAUGUCUUACAAUUAGUCGCAUUUUUAUCUGUAGUUAAACUUAUAUUGUACUAUGUAAUUUCUUUAGAAGCGCGAAACCCCUCUGACUGACAUUCGUAGAGCAAAGCAACUGGACUCCGAAGCCCGAGAACCUGCCGGUUGUGACUCCGAGGCUACUCCGUACCAAUUAUCGAGCACGAAGGAAGUGGAAGGAAAAGUUCAACAGUUGACAAUCUAA